GCGACGUCAAGGCGUCGCAGCGUCGGGCGUCGGGGUCGUGGAGUCAACGGCCCCAACUGGCGGCCGGCGGUCUGUGCUGCCGCCUGGGGGCGCAGAGGCCGGGCGUUUUCUUUCAGCACAAAUGUCAGUUUGUAAGAGGGCGGGGUUGGCGUCUGCAGAGUUUGCAGGCUUCGGUGUCGAAGGUGGUCUGGCAGGCUCGGAAUUUCCAUCUUCCUCAGGCAGAUAGUUUUUCACCUUAGAGCCAGCCUUGCCGUGGCCAAACCGCCCAGUCACCCGACUUCCCACAGCCUCAGCAGGGAGGAAUAAUUUUUUUUCCAUCUAUAAUUUGGAAGCCAAGUCAGUAACAAAAUGAAACCAGUACAGCAUCUGUUGACCACCAGUAACAAAUUGGCAAAUGUUCCAGAAUUAACUUUUAAAAAAGGACUGCGUAAUUUACCGUUGUCACCUAAACUAAGGGAAAAACAUAAUGCAAAAUUAAUUCAUGAUAGAAUUGAACCAAUGGUCUUAAGAUCUCCACCAACAGGAGAAUCCAUUGUACGGUAUGCUUUGCCCAUUCCAUCGAGUAAGACAAAGGACUUACUACCAGAAGAAGCAAUGAUCAGAAAAGUUAUCAAACAUCUGAAGAUGGUUGUUUCCACUUUGGAAGAAACCUAUGAACAUUGUGAUGAGAAUGGAGAAGAACCAUUUGUAAAGCAUGAACAUGAAGAAUUAUCUUUAUCUGCUGGGGAUGAUAUGAAUUCAUUCUUGAUGUGUUCACAAUUUGCAGCUCAGCUAGAAGAAGCACUUAAGGAAGAACAAAAUAUUUUGGAAUCUCUUUUUAAGUGGUUUCAGUUGCAGGUCAAUCAGAUGGAAGAAAUAAGUAAAGAUCAAACUCUUUUACAAGCAGAGCCUCCAGACCCUGACGAAGCAGUCACGUUAAAUCUUGCACAAGUAGUAAGGCUUGCACAAAGAUUUGAAGAACUGAAGAAUCGCCUUAAACAGAGGUCUAAAAACUCCUUGAAAGUCAUAUUGUCUAAAACCAUGAAUAAAGAAAAUCUACCAGAAGCAGUGAAGAGUUGGGAAGAUGUAGCACAGAAAAUGGAAGAAUUCAUAAAAGCCCACACAACUGAUGAAUUUAAAGAUGUUUCUGCAAUGGAGCCACAAACUGAUCAUUUAAUGACUACUCGAUUUAAUGCCAUGUUGAAAGUAUUUGAAAACCAGGCAAAUAUGUUGGAGAGAUCUGUAAAUGAUCAAGUUUUGUUAGAUGCUGAAUACAAACAGAUGCAACGUGAUUUUAAGUUGUUAUUAGAAGAGAAGUUGGUGCUGGAAAAUGAACUACAAAAGUUGAAGGACACAGAGAAAACCAAGCCUACAAAUGAUAGAAUAAGGAAAGCUGUAAAAACACAGAAGAAAAAAGGAAAAGGAAAAUCUGAGGAUUCAGAAAAGAAGAUGUCUCCAGAAAAACAGUUUAAAAUAGAAGAUUUCCAUCAAGUACAGAAAGUAGCACAUGCUCUGGAAAUUGAGAAUAAAAUUCUUCAGGAGCAAUUGAAACAGGCUUUACAGGAAGCUGAAAAAGCUAAGCAUCAACUUAACUAUUUCCUAAGUCAAGAAAAGAAGUUACGUAAAAGUGAGGGGAAAAUCGAUACAACAAUGGAAGUGGGUAAUAGUCAAACAAAAGUUAAACGUGAAGAUUCAAAAAAUAUACCACUGAAGAAAGAAACAAGAAAAUCACUGGUUUCAGAUUCAGGUGGACAAAACACAAAUGAUAAAAUCCAAGAAUAUCCACAGAUCUCUGCCCAAAGUAGAAGACCGAUUGAAAAAAGCUCAGAGAAGAAACGAUCUAGUCCUGCUGUUUCAGAUCUUUCACAGAUCCUUAAGUCUCAAGAUGAAUCAACUUUUUUAGAGAGUUCAAAUGAAGUUUCAGUUGCUGAAGACCUAGCCUAUAAAUCUCCAUCAGAGACGCAUGAUAAAUCACUUGCAACAAUAUCAUCCAGCAAAGAAAUUCAGGAUUCACUGUCUGUUGGAACAUUGGCUCAAAAAAAUGAAACAGUGAUAUCACCAUUCGUUUUACCUCCUGUUCUUACAGAAAGUAAAAAGGCAGAUGUUUCAGAAGAACAAUUACAACAGAAGACUGAAAAACAAACUUACCAAGCAGCAGAAAAAUCUCAAGCUGACAGUGAAGUCUCAGAUGAAAAUCUUAUGGUUGAAAAUAAAGAUUCAGUAACAAAAGUCCAAAUAGAACAAAUGAAACAAAGAACUUAUAGUAUGGAAAGACACAAGGUGACUCUUAUAACCCCGCAAUCGCCUGAGGAUGUGGUUUUAGUUUCAAGAAGCCAAUCUCAAACUAAAAAUCUUGACGCUACCAGAAAUGAGAGUUUUCAUUCUCAUUAUGAUGUACCAGAAGAAAAUCUUAUGCUUGAACAAGACACAAAGUCAAAAAUGGAAGUGGAAGUAAAGAAACAAAAAUCUUUUCAAAAUAAUCAACUUGACACUCAUAAUGAAGUAACAAAUGAAGGGCUUGUAUUUGAGCAUCAAGAAUCAAUGUCAAAAACUAAAUUGCAAGUAAAGCAACAAGAAAAUUCUGAAGAGCAACAACUCACCACUCAUGAUAAAGAACCAGAUGAAAAUCUUUUACUCAGGCAUCAAGACUCUGUGUCAAAAUCAGAAAUGCAAGUGAAGGAACAAAGAACUCUCAAAGGGCAAAGAAUUACUACUCAUGAUGAAGAACCAGGCAAAAAUCUUGUGCUUGAGCAUCAAGAGUCAGUGUCAAAACUUGAAAUGCAAAUAAAAAAAACAAAAAAACUUCCUAGAGAGAAAAGACAUAGUACUCAUGAUGAAGAAUCUGGUGAAAAUCCUAUGCUUAAAAAUCAAGAUUCAGUGUCAAAAAUCCAGGUGCAAUUGGAGAAAGAAGAAACUUCUGGAGAAGGACAUAGCAUUCCAGAUAAAAAUUCUAUAUUGGUUCAUCAAGAGUCAGUGUCAAAACUCCAAAUGCAAGAAAAGAAGAAAAUAACUCCUGGAAAGGAAAGGCGUAAUACUCAUUUUGUAGUGCCAGAUGAAAAUGUGGCUUUUGUUCAUCAAGAUUCCGAGGCAAAACUCCAAAUGCAAGUUAAGAAGCAAAUACAUUUUAGAGUAGAAAGGCACAAAACAUUUCCUUUUGAAACCCGAAAAAAGGAUAUAUCACUUGAACAUCUAUUGCCUGAGGAGAAAGUUUUAUUAUCAAGAAGCCAAUCUCAAACCAAGAAACUUCAAGCUAAAGUAAUUUCAAUAAAAACUCAGAAAGUGGAAGAUGUGUUAGAUGAAAAUUUUUUACCUGAGGAUAAAGUUGCAUUUUCAAAAAGCAAAUCUCAAGCUAAGAUAUUUGGAGCUAACAAAAUGGAAACACUAAGUACUCUGAAGGUGCCUCAGAUGACAGGUAAAAGUUUUUUGCCAGUAGACUCAAAAUCAAAAGAUCAACUUCAAAUUAAGAAAAACAAAAUUGCCCAAGUGGAAACAUAUGAUCAAGAGAUGGAUAAACUGUCAGAUAGGAGUUUUACACCUGAAAAUGUAGAAUCAGCUGCAGGACACAUGGAUCAAAUUCAAACAAGUGAAGUUGACCAAUACCAAAAAUUGAGAAUUAAAAAUGAAGCAGCCUCAGAACUUCCAGAUACAGCAGAAAAUCCUUCAGCAGUGUAUCCAUCAAUUAGUGACCUAAUAAUUCAAUUUGAUUUAAACAAAGUGGUUGAGACAGAUAUAGAAAGCUUGAAGGGUGCUUUGGGAAGACGCUUAUUAAAGGAUGAAUUCAAGACACAGUCAAAGAGUUUUCCUGGGCCUGAUAUAGAACAAUUGACAGAUGCAUUUGGAAGAUAUAUACUAAAGGAUGAAUUCAGACCAAUAUCAAAGAGUCUCCCUGAGACUGAUGAACGAUUGCCUAGUGGAACUGCGAGAGGUACAAUAUAUGAUGAAAUUAAGACACAGUUAAAGAGAAAGAGUUAUCCUGAGGCUGUCCUAAAACGCUUGAAAGACAUUAAUGGAAAAGAUAUCAUAAAGCAGCUAAUGGACAUACAAUUAAAGAGUCAUGCAGAGCCUGAUAAGGAACACUUGGCAGAUACUAUUGGAAGAGAGAUUGAUAAGAACUUUUUGUAUGCUAUUGGAAGAGAUAUAAGGAAGGAGUCAAUGAAAGCACAAUUAAAAAGUCACCCAGAGACCUAUAAGGAAUUCUUGGCAGAUGCUAUUGGAAGAGGUAUAAUAGUAGGGCCAAUCAUUACACAACUAAAGACUCACCCAGAGACUGAUAAAGGACUCUUAAAAGAUGCUAUUGGAAGAGAUAUAAUAAAGGGACCAAUCAAUACACAAUUAAAGAGUUACCAGGAGACUGAUAUAGAACCCUUGACAAAUGCUAUUGGUUCAAGUAAAACAAUUGGUGAGACAAAGACACAACCAAGUACUCACUAUGAUGUGAAUGUAUUUAAACAUAAAGAUAUGUCCAUACAACACCAAGAAGGUAUCUUUACUAGGAGAAUUACACCAAGUAAAUUCCCAAUAAAAGUGAUCAAUUUAUCACCCUUUGAAAAUAAAGAGAAAACUUAUGAGUACACUUCACCCUAUGCAACUGCACCUUCACCCUAUGUGACUGCACCUUCAAAAGCAAUUUAUAGAAUGUAUAAGGCUGGUUCAAGCUUAUCUAAAAACAGUAAAUUUCCUUUACUGAAUCAACUCCCUUCAGGGCAUUCGAAAGUUGUUACCUUAAACCAAAAAACUAUUGACUUUACAAAUACUCUGCCUGCUGUGACCACAAUUAUAAAACCUACCUAUAAAGGGUUACAUGCUGCUACCCGAAAAUCUGUACUACACCCAUACUUUUGAGAAUGAAGGAAAUUCUGAGCAAGAUAAGCAACAUGACAAAUUGAGAAAUGCAGCUAAGAAAAUUGCAAGUACGGAAGACUUUUGAAAAUAACACUGACUUGUGUGGAUGAUGCUUAUUGAAAAAUAGCCAGAAAUACAGUGGAUAAACAGGGUAGAAGAUCAUAGAAGGUCUGACAAGGCAGUGAACUCAUCUUUAUCAUAUGAAACAAUUUUGAACUUCUAAGAUCAAGCCUUUUUGUUGCUGAGGGUAAGAAAAGAGCUCUGUGUUGAGGUUCCAGCUUGCUUCUAUUCAGCAGUGUUUCUGCAGUGCUUUGGUAUAAUGUAAUAUUAAACAAAACUUGUGCUCUGCA